AUGUACACCGGAGCACCAAGAAAACGGUCACGCUCAGGCGAUGACGGUGACGCCACAAGUUCCUUGAGUUGGAAGGACUCGUCGUCACUCGCGCUUGCCCCGCCACCUUCAAGUUGCCACGAGGACAAGGAGUUUUGGUUUUCUGACGGCACUGUCAUACUCGCUACUCGAGAAUUGGAGUUUCGCGUAUACAAAGGUCUUCUCGAAGAUCAAUCACCUGCUCUGCGCGAUAUCUUCGCUCAGGUGCACCCAACGCAUGCCUUCCCUGGGCAACUCGAUCCGUGUCCCGUCGUGCAGCUAUCUGACUCUUCGGGCGACGUGAGACAUGUGCUUCGAGCGUACAUGCCAAGAAAACAAUCACUUCGCUAUGUCUCUUACAAACCUUCCUUUGGGGAGAUCGCAGCGUAUAUCAGGUUGGGGCGGAAGUACCAGCUCACCGGACUGUACGCACAGGCCCUGCGCUUCCUCAAGGAUCACUAUACGCCAAGCUUCGACGCUCUGGAAGACUUUGAUUUUGCGACGCCCCCUGGCUGGAAGAAGGUGGAAGCGAUAGGAGUUGUUAAUCUGGCGCGGCUUACCGGAGAGCUCUCUUUUUUCCCUGUCGCUCUUGUGCAGUGCACCAUGCUGAACGCGGAGAUUUUCCAAGGCUUCAUCUGCGAGGAUGGGGUCAGGGAAACGCUCGCUCUGCGCGAUCUCGGUCUCUGCUUUCAGACGAAGACCCGCAUACGGAUAGCUGUGGUGGCGGCUGUGUUGCGCACAUUCACCCACUCCAUAGCGCCGCUAUGCACUUCUUCGGAAUCAUGCUCGUCUACGCUCCAGGAUAUGAUCAAGUCCCUCGACACAUGCACAGAGGACAUGAUUGCGGGAGACCCGUUCGAGUCCAUCCUAAACCUGGUGGAAUACGGGAAGUUGGAGCUAGUAGUAUGCGACCGAUGUAUGGAUAUGCUCGAGGAGCUCGGCUGGGAGGAAAGGAAGGAUCUGUGGAAACGGUUUCCAAAGCUCCUCGAUAUACACGUUCCCAGAUGGGGAGAGCCGGGACAUGCUCAAGAGGGUAUUCGGUAUCGUAUGGCAGGUGACUCGUCCAUGUUGAGCAGUUGCAAAACGUGUUCGAAUGACACGCUUCCUUGUUUCAGAAACGGAAAUCGCCCACCCUUCCCUAGCUGCGGUAACUUUCGGGAUUGCUGGUGA